AUGGGAUUCCUUGAGCAAUUUGUCAAGUGGAUUGCUAGUUGCAUCACUUCUCCUAGGUUCUCCAUUUCUCUUAAUGGAGGACUCAUUGGAUUCUUUGAAGGGGCAAGGGGAGCAAGGCAGGGAGUUCCUCUCUCUCCCUAUCUAUUUGCUAUUGCAAUGAAUGUCUUGUCCACACUCCUGAUGGUAGUAGUUGCUUAUGGUGUGUUCAAGUUUCAUCCCAAGUAUCUCAGGGUUCGGCUUUCCCACCUCUCCUUUGCAGAUGACCUCCUCAUCUUUGCUAAGGAAUUCUACCUGCUCUCUGGACUACAACCUAAUGCUUCUAAGAGUGAACUUUUUGUUGUUGGGGUAUCUUUAGAAGAACUGGAGGCCAUGAAGACCAUUAUCGAUUUUAAAGUUGCUAAAACCAAUGGCUGGUCUUCUACGCAUCUUAGCUAUGUUGGUAGGCUUCAACUCAUCGAAGCUGUGAUUUUAGUAUUCAAGCUUCCUGGAAAGGAUUGCUAUGCUUAUGGAGCAAGGGUCUGCUGGCAGUUGAUUUGUUCAGCUAAAUCAAAGGGUGGGUUGGGGCUGAGAAGACUUGAGGAAUCGAACAAGGCUCGUCACUUGCAACUGGUCCGAUCCAUUCUUACUGAGGAAGGUUGUUUACGGAUUGCUUGGGUUCAAGACUAUAACAUGAAAGGUAAAAGCUAUUGGGAUGUUGUUCCAAGCUCUUCAAGUAGUUGGAAUUGGAGAAGGUUGCUUAAAUUGAAGGAGUUAGUUGCUCAAAUGAUAUAUUAA